GUAAUGGCAUCUUCCGAGCGUGGGCCUGGUUUUCUCGCCAAAAAUUCCAGACUGGGCCUGCAGGAAACGGCUACAUCUGCAGGGGCCUGGUCAGCACAGAAACCAUGGCUGAGGUUCGACCUCGGACGUCCGAAGACAGUGACAACCCUGGUCACACAAGGCCGGAGCUACAGCCCUGACUGGCCAGGCGAGAGCCACUCGGAGUGGGUCACCUCCUACAGCAUCUCCUACGGGAACGAGAAUGGAGACGAAGCGUGGUACACUGGGGACGACGGACAAGCUAUUGUCUUCAAAGCGAACACUGACCGUGAUUCCAAGGUGCGCCAGGACCUGUCUGAGUUUAGCGGCCCCUUCACCGCGCGGUAUGUUAAGAUCCAUCCGCUGACCUGGCAUGGCUGGGUGUCUAUGAGAGCCGGAAUCAGCACAGAACCUCCAUCCUGGUCAGCAUCCUCGGAGUUUGAUUCACUUCACUCAGCUGCCCGCGCAGAUAUCAACUCUCGCGAGACUGCAGAUGCAGCAGGCGCAUGGGCAGCAGCAACCAAUGACCAGGACCAAUGGCUGAUGAGGGAUCUUGGUGACGUAAGCGUCAUCACCGGCGUCAUCACCAAAGGCAGGAACUACAGCCCUGAUUGGCCAUGGGACAAACAUGACCAAUACGUCACAUCCUACACCAUUUCAUACGGCAAUGAAAUCGGUGAUGAGACUUUCUACACCGAUGCUGAUGGACAAGUUACAGUUUUUCCGGCGAAUGACGACAGAGACACGGAGGUCUACAACGACUUCAGAGACUUCAGUGGCCGCAUAACUGCGCGCUUCGUCAAAAUCCAUCCGCAAACAUGGCAUGAGCACAUCUCCAUGCGGGCGAAGAUUGUGACAGUAGCUACUCAGAAAUGGCGCGAGGAUCUCCGCUGUGGAGCCGGGUACACUACAGCAGACGGGAGGACCGCUGAGUGUGACCCUGACAGUAUCUACCCGUGCUGCUCUCCUAAUAACUGGUGUGGGAACACGGCAGAUCACUGUGACUGCGCGGAUUGUGUCGACUACCGGGACACAGUAGCUACUCAGAAAUGGCGCGAGGAUCUCCGCUGUGGAGCCGGUUACACUACAGCAGACGGGAGGACCGCUGAGUGUGAUCCUGACAGUAUCUACCCGUGCUGCUCUCCUAAUAACUGGUGUGGGAACACGGCAGAUCACUGUGACUGCGCGGGCUGUGUCGACUACCGGGACACAGUAGCUACUCAGAAAUGGCGCGAGGAUCUCCGCUGUGGAGCCGGUUACACUACAGCAGACGGGAGGACCGCUGAGUGUGACCCUGACAGUAUCUACCCGUGCUGCUCUCCUAUUAACUGGUGUGGGAACACGGCAGAUCACUGUGACUGCGCGGAUUGUGUCGACUACCGGGACACAGACCCCAUUCUGGAUCCCUGAUCUGGUUCCCUCACCAGUAGAACAACGUUCAUCGACAACGUUACGCGAUCAGUGACGAGCAAAGUGUCUAUCUGCAUGCAGUUCUGAUGCAAACAGAUAGGACUACAACAUGUGCUUAUAUUCUACAUGCGUUUUUAUAAUAAGUAUGUGAGUCAUCUAGAAUUUGUAAUACACUUUUCUUCUGACAUUUAACAUUGUAUUUACUCUGUUCGCCUCAAUAAACUGGCAAAUACCU